AUGAGACGUCCCGUGAGUCCAAGCCCUAUAUCUGUACCCGUGGUAUCUCAUGCUCUGGCAGACGACCCCAACCAGAAGCCCUUCCCUUGUCGCUUUGCCGGAUGUGCCCGGGAAUUUCUCCGUCGCGACACCGCACUCCGCCACGCCAAAACCUGCGCCCACAGAGACAACAAAACCCCCUACCGCGCUAGAGUAAAGGGAAAGCCGCGAUCGAGCUGUGGCUCGUGCGCCCUAAGAAAGACCGCUUGUGAUGGGAAUUGGCCCUGCGGCUCGUGCGUGGCGAGAGGAGGCCCUGAUGCAGCCCGCUGUAGCUAUAAUAGAGUGACAGUUUCAGCUUCGUCGUCGUCCUUCUCUUCAGGUCCAUCGGAGCCUUUUCCUCGAGGUCGAAUUCAGCGGGACCAUUCGCAUUCUCAUUCUCCAACGCACGAGAAUGAGGUGGGAGUCUCGGACGACUUGCUCAUGGCGACAAUCCCGUUCCUCGUCAACUACUACGGCAUCAACAGGUCAUGCUCGAAUCUCUACCUUGCUCUUGAAAUAGGGAGGCCGUUGCCUGACCUAUCAAUAUCACCUGGGUGUGCUCCGAGUUCAUUAUAUCCUUAUAGGUGCAAUAACAACGCCCAAGAAUCGAGCGAGGAGGUAUUGGCUGAUUUCACUGCCCGCGGUGCAGAAAUACUGGAGACUCUCAGAAUCACCGCCACUACAUGCUCUUUAUCUUCAUCUUCCAGCAGCACAACCACGGCCAGCACGGCGCUCGAAACCGCGGCCACAGCGGGCAUCUUCUCGAGCGCCAGCAUCGACCGGCUCGCACGGUUCUGCAUCUACCGCCUGCAACGCCAUUUCCCGUUUGUGCACCGUCCUACGUUCUGUGUGGCCACUGCGUCAAUACCGCUCUUGCUGGCCAUGAUACUGGCCGGGUGCGUGGUAGAUGCAACCUAUGAAUCGCCACUGCCGGUGCCGUCGGAUCGCGCGACGUCGGCUGUUUCUAGAUUACAGCUCGCGGUGGACUGCUUUGAUAUCGCGGAGGAUUUCAUUUUUAGACUGCCGUUAUUCAACCUGAAGGAUCUGGCUAAGAGCCAUAUUCACAGUCACAGCCAAACCACAACGAUCGAAACCGAUACACUCAUGGCGGCCAUCAUCGUCGUCAGCCUGCAGAUUGGGCGCAACGACAACGCGAUUCGCCGCAGGCUGCGCCGUUUGCGUCUCCCUGCCCUGGCGGACGCGGCCAGGGCCCUGGGCCUUUUCGGGGUUGCCCAUCGCGAUCGCGGUACGCGGGAUGAGAAUCAACGGCCUCGCUGGGGUUCAACCCGGCUCCAAGAGGAGAUAGGUAUCCGGCUUGCCACCUCGAUCUUUCUCCUGGACUGCCAGCUUACUGGAUGCACCUCCGCGACCCCGUAUAUCGCCGUCGAAGAACUUACGAGAGACCUCCCGUGCAGCGAGAGCAGUUUCAUAAUUAUAACUGAGUUGUCAACAAUGCCCUCGCUAUUAGAGGGCCCAUCCAGCAUUGCCGACAUUCCGGUCUCCUUGCCCACCGUGACGCUGUCCGAGACAAUUCACAUCCUCGUGGCAGAGGCAGACGCACCUCCAGGAGACGAAGCCAGCUUCUGGCUGCAGCUUCGGGGUAUUAGCAUCCUAGGACUGUUCACUGUGGUCGCCGGUAUGUUCUCCCGCCCAUCCCAAUAUCAACACGUUCCCAAAACACUCAUAACCUGGCGCACAUUUCACCGCACGCUAACCCAUUCCACUCCGCUGCCAGGCAUAUACUGUCUAAUCUUCACUGACGUCCGAGCCGGUCGGAUCGCGACCCGAGAUUCAUAUAAACGAGCGAUGUUUCACCGUGCCUUAGACAGGUGGCGGCUACUGUGGAAGGACCUGCUGUGGCGCUCGGAGAUCCAUGAGCUCGACCUGGUUGGAUAUGUGGGCUGCGCUGAGGAGCUCUGGCUGUUGUCCAGGGUGCUCUUGCAACUGGGACCAACAGAUGUACGGGAUAUGGAUAGUUCGGAAGCAGAGGGAGAGGACGACGACAAAGGUGAACUGACGCUGACGCUGACGGUCCCGCUGUGUGAAAUAAGGAGGACACUUGCCGGGGAUCCAGGCUGA